UGGCACCCAGUGGAAGUUGAAACCUCCCCUAACCCUCGCUCCCUCGAUCUCCCCCCUCCAAAAAUGUGGCGCCGCCACCUCCUCCGCCGCCUCCUACCAUCGCCGGUCACCGCCGGCACCCCCUGCCCCUUGGUUCGUCACCUCUCCACGGCCCCCGCUCCCUCCUCCACCACCGAUACCACCUCCAUCGCCUCCUCCCUCGCCGCGGCGGUCACCAAGCUCUCAUCCACCCUGGCCCCAGCCACCUCCCCGGACGCCUACUUCUCCCUCCACUUCUCCGACGUCCGCCCCACCAACGCGCUCCUCGCCGAGACGCUCUCCCUAUCCCCUCCCGCCACCUCGCGCGCUGCCGCUGACCUCUUCCGCUUCCUCGUCCGCCGCUCGCUCCACCCCUCCGACGGUGCUCUCGCGCUCGUUGUCCGCCAUCUCGCCCGCCGCCGCGACUUUCCAGCCGUCCGCACCCUCCUUCAGGAGUUCCCCUCCGCGCUAGGGCCAGACACAGUAGACGCCUACCUCUUCCAUCUGGCGAGAGCUGGGCGCGCCACGGACGCGCUCAAGGUGUUCGACGAAUUGCCUGGGGAGCUUCGCACCCGUAGGGCGCUCACUUCGCUGGUCUCCUCCCUCUCGUCCGAGGGCUUCCCACAGCUUGCAGAGCGUGCUGUCAAGAAGAUCGCACAUGAGAUCUUCCCGGAUGACAAUAUUUGCACUUUGCUGGUAUCUGGUUAUGCUGAUGCUGGUAAGCUUGACCAUGCGCUAAGGUUGAUCGGUGAGACACGCAAUGGUGGGUUUCAGCCAGGUUUGGAUGCCUACAACGCUGUUCUUGACUGUGUCUGCCGUCUCUGUCGCAAGAAAGACCCGUUAAGGAUGCCUGUAGAGGCAGAGAAGUUCUUAGUUGACAUGGAGGCCAAUGGCAUUCCCCGGGACGCGGGAACGUUCCGGGUGCUGAUAAAAAAUCUCUGUAAGAUUCGCAGGACUGAGGAUGCAAUUAAACUGUUCGGACAAAUGGGCGAGUGGGGAUGCUCGCCAGAUGCUGACACAUAUCUUGUACUUAUCAAGAGCUUGUAUCAGGCUGCCCGGAUUUCUGAAGGGGACGAGAUGAUGAUUUGGAUGCGAUCCGCAGGGUUUGGAGAUAAACUUGAUAGGAAGGCGUAUUAUGGGUUCAUCAAGGUUUUAUGUGGGAUUGAAAGGGUUGAGCAUGCUGUCAAGGUGUUCCGUCUGAUGAAAGGAUAUGGGCAUGCACCUGGAACGAAAUCGUAUAGCCUGCUGAUCGAGAAGCUGGCUAGGCAUAAUUUAGGGGAUCGUUCAAAUGCGCUGUUCAGGGAGGCAUUAGCGCGUGGAGUUACUGUGACACCAGGAGUCUAUAAGAUUGACAAGAGGUAUGUGAAAGAGAAGAAGGAGAAGAAGGUGAAGAAAAGGCUGACUUUACCGGAGAAGAAGAUACUAAAGAGCAAGCGGCUGUACAAGCUCAAAAUGAGCUUUGUCAAGAAGCCUAAGCGGCAAAUGAAGUCUUGAGCAUACUUGGGGUUGAGUUGGAGCGGAUGAUCGUUGGAAGGGAAAGCAUCAGACGAAGCCCGCCCACAGUUUAGAAGAGCAGAAAAUUGGUGCCUGUGAGCUGCGCCCGCCAUUGCGAGCGGCUAACAGACAACAUUACCUUUCCGAUCCGAGGGCUUGAUAUGAGCUCACUCUUUUUUGUUGAUGUACUGCCGAAUCUAUGUUGAUGUUCCCUGCAAAUGUUGCAGCAGAAAUAAUGCGUGUUUUGCUUGCUAGUUACCACAUCGUGAGAAGUUGCUUCUGUCUUCUUAUGAGGCAACUAUUUGUACUAGUUGACAUCCUUUAAUCGAUGUUUCCUACACC